ACGCCACCGAGGACGCGGUGUUAGCACAUGGACGCAGCAGCGGCGGCAGCAGCAGCAGCAGCAGCAGCAGUAGUCGACGACAUGAUUCGUCGAGGUUUUGUGAGAUCAGCGACAGCGACCAGCAUAUCGCCCGGACAGCAUCAGCGUCGCUAGCGUCGCCGGAGCGUUAUAAAUACAUGCCGACGCUACCGGUGAUAGGUCGGACGCUUCUUUAUUAAUAGCGGAGGACCGCGCGUCGUGGACAUUCAGUGCUAGUGUAUUUCUCACCAACGUUCCGUUUAACUUUCCGCUUUUUCCUUCGUAUCGGCCGCGUUUUGGUAUGUGCUCGAACUGGAACUGGACCCGAGUGUUUGGUGUUUUGUUGGUGGUUAUUGUGUGACUGGAUCGGCAUUUGGUGUCCGUUCCGGAGUGCUGGUGAUGGGCCAAGAGACGGCACGCGCCGCCCUCCGGUGACGGUGACCCUGAGGAAUGUUCAUCCCCGACACGUUACGCAGCUGCAUGGUGGAGCCCGAUGUUUCGUCGUACCUGCAGACGCCGUCCUCGGGACAGGAUGAGUUCCACCCUUUCAUCGAAGCGCUAUUGCCCUUCGUCAAGUCUUUCUCUUACACGUGGUUCAAUCUACAAGCGGCCAAGCGAAAAUAUUACAAGAAACACGAAAAACGAAUGUCUCUCGAAGAGGAACGACAAUGCAAAGAAGCUUUGCAGAAUGAGAAAGCGGAAGUUAAGCAGAAAUGGGCAUCCAGGCUACUAGGCAAAUUAAGAAAGGACAUCACGCAGGAGUGUCGGGAGGAUUUUGUCCUGAGUAUUACGGGCAAAAGACCGGCAGUGUGUGUGCUGUCCAACCCCGACCAAAAGGGCAAAAUGCGAAGGAUAGACUGCCUGAGGCAGGCGGAUAAAGUUUGGCGACUUGAUCUCGUAAUGGUGAUACUGUUCAAGGCCAUCCCUUUGGAAAGCACCGAUGGCGAACGGCUUGAAAAAAAUCCAGACUGUUCCCAACCGGGAUUGUGCGUGAAUCCAUAUCAUAUAAAUGUGUCUGUUAGAGAAUUGGAUUUGUACUUAGCUAAUUUCAUUAAUAGUCAUGAGAUAUUGAGCGGCAUUUGUUACAACAAUAACAACAAAAAGGAAGACGAAAGGAAAAAUAAAGUUACAGGAUACACACACAAUCCCUACAAUGGAGUUAUAUGUAAUGACAUUAUAUUAGCAACCGGAGUAUUUUCAUCGAAGGAAUUAUGGAAGUUGUCCAAAUCUUCUAUAUUACACGAACUCUCCGAACCACAACCAAAUAUGAACAACGUCAAACUAGAACAUCCUGCCUACUAUUGCAACAACUACGAGCAAGGACCCGUGGUAGCUGAUAGAUCGUCAUCUGUCGACGCUAUGGUCGUCUCAGCGACAUACUCGAUGCCACAAAACACGACGAUAGUUUCGUCUAGUUCACAAGCUAGUCCGGGAACCUUGUACUAUCAGCACAGCCCCGAAGGUCAACACCAUCACCAAAGUCAAGUCAAAUAUCCAGAAAACGGCCACGACACAUUGUCCGACUUCGUAACCUUCGUCUGUCAAGAGACUGACAAUAAUCAAAACGCACAGAUGCAGACGGGUCUUUCCCGAAGCCCCAAGUCGCAGUACUUCCCUUCAACGAUGCUUCCUCCGCCUCCGCUUCCACCAAUGGCCAGACCCGUCGCAAUUAUACGAUCUACCGGCGAAGUGUCGAUGAGCGGAACCAAUUCACCUCCUGCCAGUAUUACACCGCCUUGCAGCGAAGCUUCACCAGUUGACGAAGUGCCUGAAAUAAGUUCGUCGCCACCAUUAAGUCCGGGUAGCCACGAACGGAGGAAAUCACCAUCCCAAAGGAACUCGGUGGUCACUAGCAGCCCGUACUCUCCCAGUAGAGAUUACUCGUCGUUUAAUCACUUCCACGGCCAACCAGGACAUCUCUUCAGCUACCCCAGUAUGAGCGGGAUGACUGGCGUUAUCAGCCCUACGAACCUCAGUAUGUACUCACCCAGCGUGACUACGUCGAGAGGUACCCCGCGUUCUAGCAGUAUACCCAGAUGGAGCACACCACUAUUCACCCUUGACCAAGAAGACUUCAGUAUGAUCACGCACCCCACCAAUCCCGAACAAAACGCGAUAAUUUUAAUGGACGACACAUCCGGUCCCGCUGCAGGCGCGGAACAUUCUGCGCAGUGCUGCAAUAGCGCGAAUUUGAUGUGCGACGCCGAUCGGUUUUUCCAAGCUGGUGAUCCAACCCUCGAAGGUGGUACCCCGCCCGCGUCGCGCGAUCAGGUCGAUCCGUUAUCGGCCACCCCGAAAUCACCCUAAAAACUUUAUUCAAAUCGACAACGAGUUCGAUGAACUUGCGGCUCUUGCAGCUUUCUUGCCAGUUUAUGUGUGAUGUUCUGUUGGAUUUUGAUUAUUUCGUGUGCGGGCUAUAGUAAUCAGUGCGCAAUCGUAUCCUCGGAGUUUUCACUUCUGAUAACCCCAUUUGCUUUUUCUCUCUAUUUCGUAGUGGAAAGGUUUGUAAAUUCAUCUAUGCAACGACUUGUUCUCUAAUUAUUCGAUUCAUGGGACUACAUUAAUUUCUUGAAUUUUCUCAUAGGCUCUUCCAUGAUUUCGAUUUCGUCUACUCUCAACGUGUCGUCAUUUCUGCUAUGCAGGAACUCAUUCACGGUGAAUACGUCGCUAGUAGUUGAUGAAUAUACAAUAUCAUAAAGUCAGCUUUGUAAGUGGGACGUCUGGAGUUGGGGGUGCUAGCAGGACGUGUUGAAAAAUUUGUUGAAUUUACAAACCUGUCCAAUGUCAGUUUUAAAGGAAAUCGUGUACACUCACUUGGUUUUUAUUGGCUUUCGUAUUGGUCUGUUGAAUUCGUUACUAUGAAUUGAUCCAUUUGCUCUCAAAAUUUAUUCCCAUAGGCCUAUUAUGUUGAAAUUUCUUGUUACUGGACCACAAAAUGAUGGGGCAUGUUGUGCAGGACAUUCGACGGGUGACGAAAAAGGUAUGGGGUUAUCAGUGGUAAAUUUCCGAGUAUAGAAGCUGCUCAAGUAGUGUAGUUAAAUAGUAUAUUAUAAUGUAUUUAAAUAGAUUAGUCACCAGUGCCAAUAAAGGCUGUGCUCACAAGUCGUCCGAGUCGUUUUGGAAGGACUCUUUCGAUGGAAACGCGGGCACAGUACCGUCGAAUUUUGGUGAGGUUAGCCACGUUGCGGCCCAAAUCUAACCCCCCUUGAUAAAAGCCACCGCGAGCAAUUAAUUAGAUUUGAUGUUUCGGUAAUACACUACAAGUGACCUUAAAAAAAGUUAAUAAUGAAAAGACUUAGGGCGUAAUUUCAGUUGAUUUGGCGUUGUACAUACACCGUUAAUGGUCUCUAGUCUAAUAUUGUACAUACAUUACCGCGUAAUCCAAAGAGAGUGUUUCAAAAUAAAACAACAAAAAAAGAGCAACGUUAUACAAAGCGAUUUUCCCUAUUUACAAAUUGACUAUCGCGUAUAGACGCGUGGCAGACAGUUACAAACGUCGUAACUUUCUUAUUGCAGCUUCCAUAAAUACAUUUGUCUUGUCAGCUUGCCAAAGAUAUAAAGCAUCGUCAUAUUAUAUUAUCAUCUCGCACUUGUUAGAUUCCGUAUGCACGUCAAGACAUUUUUUAUUAGCGACUUGUACAAACGUCAUAGGCAGUCUAUUUUAUCGGCAAAGAUUUAAAAAAAAAUUAAGAGGUAGGGUGCAUUGGUAAAGUCUAUUUAUCGCAAGUUAAUAAACAUGUUAUAUUUACUAGUUUCUAAAUAAUCCAAUCAACUCGUUAGUAACCUUGUUUCAACGUUUCCAAAAAUUCCCUAACCAAAAUUCGCCAGGAUUUCUGCAAACAGGGUGACUGUUAAAUGUUAAUAAGAGUUACUUGCCGUUGUGUUAGCCAAACAUACUUUAUAUGAAUAUUGUUGUUCCAUUUAAAAAUUUGAAGCAAAUACGACUUUUCUCUCUGCAAUCUUUUCCUCAUUAGAUUCGGAAACCUAAAACAUCCACUGAUAAAAUAAAACAUUGAGCAAUUUGUACAUUCAGCUAUUUCAAAAUUUUCGUCGUUCAUUCGUAUGUUAAACCAGUCACCCUGUAUAAAAGUUUAUUUUAACCGUUACUUCUGUGGAAUGGUCCAUUUUAAACAUACAUAAAUUUUUCCUGCAGAAGAUCUAUUAAUUCUAUAAUUUUAUUAAUUCUAUUAAAUAUAAUAUAAAAUAUUGGCGUUUUGGUUGUAGGAGAUUUUUUUUUGCAUAAUGUUCAUUCCAGAUCCAAACUUGUUUUUCACAAAUGUGUCAUGUCACAUAAAUCCUGCUGAUAAAAGGAUAGUUUCAAAUUAUUGAGAGUUGCAAAAAGCCGAUCACCACAAAAGAUAUGAAAAAUCUACCGAAUUUGUUUUUUUGUUGUUUAAAAUUAAAAAAAAAAUAGUUGUCUCUUGUUUCAGUUAACAAUUUUUGUUUGCCAAGCAGUUUAAUAAGACAUCCUUUGACGUUUGUUUAAACCGAAUAUAGGACCUGCACAAUGUACAGCAGCUUUCCAUUCUCCUCGUAACGAUGCCGUCAAAAUAAUAAAAAAUACCAGGGGAGACUUUUACUCUCUAGUCUCCUGAAAUGUGGAUAAAACAUAUUGUAACCUGGGGUGGUUUGUGGGGCGCACAUAAUUUCGUUCCUAUGCCGAGUAUAGAACAUCCAGUUUCGCUUGUCUUCCACGUCACGAAGAAAACCACCACGAGAGCUUGUCUAGUGAACAAGCAUUGAGCUGGGUCCGUGCCUUAGUAUUACAAUAAUAUUGAUAUUGUUACACUAGCCUAGUUGACAACGUAUUUAACGAGCUUGCUCACACGAUUUAUUAUGAGAAUUCCUAAAUUAACCAGCUCAUUUAAAUAAUUAACAAGUAUUCUCACGAAUAUGCGCGAUUGUUUCCCUUUUUAAUUAUAAACAAUCGAACAUAUUUACGAGCGCUUAGUCGAAUUUGCAGCUCCGUCAAACGGCAUUAUUAAUUGUAAAUAAUAUAUUUAUAUAUAUAUGAUAUGAUGGUUGUCUAAAUGCGCGAAAUCUCUCUACUCCUGAUACGAAAAAUCAAUAUACUCACCCUACUAACUAUAGGAAGCUGAAAACACAUGCAGGUCAUAAUAUAACGCGGUUUAUAACGAUUGAAUAUUUAAAUAGAUUCGUGCAUUAACAUAAUAAAAAAAGCCGAUGGGUUUUAUUUUACUUUUAACAAGGAUACAAAUUCUCUCGUACUUUCUUUCGUUUCCGGCUAGAUAAUUUCGCCAUUUUUAUUUUUCCCAGACGACUCCAUUUAUAAUAAACAUUGUUAUUCGUAACAAAAUCUUGUCUGAAAGACCCGCUUGGGAAACGACCUAGCAUAAUUGUGGGUUUAAUUAAACGGUCUGAAAAAAAAAUAAUCUACCAGGUCAAUUAAUUAAAAAUGUUAUUCAAUUGUUAUAAACCGGUGUCUGUAUAGGGUGAGCUUUUUUCGAUGUAUAGUGAAGGGAUCUUGAUAUUAAAGAGGUACUGAGUGCGUUUAAUAGGCAAAGUUGUUUCUAUAGACGUUUCAGAUUUUUUAAAAAUUCCACGCUCGGCUUGAUAUUUAAGAAAAUAUUUUAGAAAAAAAUCGUCGAUUACAUUUUUUUAAGUAAUUUGAAUUUGCGGUACAUCGUUUUACAAACUUAUGUCUUUUUUAAAAACAAAUUAUUCCAACGUUUUAACGAUAUAACCAAAAGCAACGUGAUUUUCUCUUUUAACCGAUUUCGCAGUUUUUUCAGGAAUUAAAAUUUACCAUGCAAUUGAUUUAUUUGAACUUUUUAAUAAAAAAAUGAAUUACAAACAUUGUGGUUGACUGAAGUAUUACAGCUUCUUUGCAUACAUACCUACAGCAAUACUAAAUGUCAGUAAACGAACAAAAGGUAUUCAUUCGUUUCUAUAGCAACAACUAUGAGCAUGGCUAACUACGUUAAAUUAGAGAUCAAUCUGGUUUAUUUUUGAAAAUAGAUAAUGUUUUGCAUUAUAUCGUUGAAAAGGUGGAAAUAACAUACAGCUUAUAAGUACAUUUUGUUUGAAGUAUUAGAGCUUUAUAGCACUACAACAAAUAAUCGCAUUUUGUCGCAUAAUGUCAGUGAACAAACUAAAGGUAUUCGUUUCUGUAGAAACAAUUCUAUCGGCAUGGCUAACUACGUAAGAUUGAAGAUAUAUCUCGUUUCUUUAUGAAAACACACAACGUGGGGCACUAUAUCAUUAAAAAGGUGGAAAUACUUCUUUCUUCAGAAGUGAAAUUGUAUCUGAAUUAAUUAUCAAAAAAAUAUAUUUUUUUAUAUUAUACAGAUAAAAGAUUUCGCUGUCAAUUAUCAUUAUCGUAUAUUUUAAAUUAAAAAAAAACUACGUUUCGGCUCUGAGUCGCCAUUUUUACGUUAAUAUAAUAAUAACAAACAAAUGUAAAAAUAAAAUUUCAUUUAUUUCAUUCACUGUGGCAGCAGCAUCCCUCGUUUUUUUUAAAUUAUCAAGUAAGCCUUGGAAUUUUGUUGAAAAUCUGCAGCAAUCUCACAAAACUAUGUCUUCAACAGUUUUCGAGAAGUAACCGUCUAAAGAGGUUUACCCUGUACGGUUAAUUUGGCGGUAGAGACAUUUCAACGUGUCGGUGGCUUAAAAGAAAUUUCGGAAGGGUUUAGCGAAGGGGCGAUACGAAUAGACCGAAAAGUCGCACUUUGCAACGAAAAACGACAUGGUUUCGCGACGUUUCGGAUUGUUCAGGUCGCGUGUCGUCCCCAUUCCAGGUCGUAUUCCCUCGGGUUUCUUUGAAGGUGUAUUUAUUGUUGAUCAGAGUGGCCCUGACUGAUGUAACCUACUCCCUCCGCUAGACAGAAAAAAAAAUUCGCUUAAAAAAACAAACAUGGGCGCUCUGUUUUUGUUUAUUACACGAGAA